AUGAUUGAUGAAGAUGACGGCUGGAAAGAGGCUGUUGAGGAAUAUGCAAUGGAGGGAGAUGGACAACCGGAUGCAAUGAUAAGGAAUGUGAAUGAUAUGAGGAUUGAGAUGCUGCAUAAGAUACUGUGGGUGUUUGUAAGAGUUUUGAAGAAUGUAGAGAAGCCUGAUGUGAAUGAGAGCAUUGAUUUCCAUGUUCUUGAACGAUUAAAGAUAUACACGCAGAGCAAAGAGCCAGAAGAUGAGGUACUGAGAAUGAUUCUGCUUUUUAGGCUGUGCAUUGCCUUUGGUAUUGCAAGCAGGAUAUACAUUGUUCUUGGCGACGAGAUUGAAUGUUUUGUCGAAAGCAGGGUUCUGAGUAUGGUUAGUAAGCAUCACAGAAUGUACAAUGCAUGUGUAGUAUCUAUUGAUGCAAUGCAAAGAGUGGUAGACCAGUCUUAUUGCUUUUCAUCAUGCGCAAAGCAACACUCAGCAGUCAGAUAUGCAAUUAGAAAGAUUGGCGAAGCAGGAAUCUGCAAAGCAAUGGUAAUGAAUGGCAAUCAGAUGAUUGAUUGUUUUGAUGAUCUUGACAAUGAAAGAAUGCGUGUCGUUCCGAAGACUGUAGAAGUGUUGAGAAGGCAUCCAAGAUACAUUGUUGAGUCGAUGCUGCAAUGGAAUGAAUGCAUUUAUCCCAAAAGAGCAGCAUGUGAAAAGUUCAAGGGAGAAGCGGUGUACCUACGAGAAUGUGUAGUGAGAUUAAAAACCAGGGAGCAGCUGUACAAGGUUGGAAAGGAUGUUGAAGGAGUGAAGCCAUACAGAAUUGUAAAGAAAGAGAAAGGUGCUGUUAGACUAUAUGCGCCAUGGCAAGGCAAGGAUCUUGUGGUAGAGGGAUUUGGAGAGUCGAUGUACCAAGAGUAUUUCCAUGUGAACUUUAUUCCGAGGGAUUGUGUUUAUGUUGGGCAUGAUUAUGCAAAGGAGAUGGCAUACAUGCUUGGGUUUCCUUACCGAAUAUGUUUCCAUGGGUUUUGGAGAAACAAGCCUGUCAACAAAGGAAUCUUUCUUGAAAAGAAGAAUCUGUAUGUGUUUUCAAAUUUUCUGCAUGAAUAUUGUAUGUACAUGGAGAUGAAGGAGAAGCAUGCAAGGAUGGCGUUGGAGUUUAUAAGGUGGAGGAAGAUGAUCAGGGUUACAGAAAGGUACCUUGCAAUUAGGAAGCGCCUGGGGCUUGGCAUGUGA